UUCUUUCUCUCUACUGUGUAGUGGCCAGAAAUGCAAAGCCCCCGAGGCUCUUGCGGACUUCUUGGGGGCCGUUUUUAGGAAGUUUCAAAGUUAAAAACUCCACACAGCAAAACCCCAGAGUCUGAAGACUUCCUCUCUGGCUAUGUUGAGGGGGAGGGGCCUGGAGCCCCAAGAAGACUAACAUGUUCCACCCUGGGUGACACAUCCUCUGUGUCACAGAGGCAUAGAGGCUACCAUCACAGGGGACAGGGACGGCCAGGUCAAGCAGAGGCACAGGAGAAAGCAGAAGCAGGCAGGAGGGGGAUUUGCCCUCCUCUCUGGGGGCUCAGCAUGAAUUUGUGUCAUCCAGACCCACCGGAGCUGAGUCAAAUUGAAGUUGAGGAGCUCCAGACGAUCCAGUGGCAUCGGAAACAGCUUCUGGACGACAUCCAGAAGCUAAAGGAUGAAAUUGCAGAAGUGUUUGCCCAGAUUGACUGCUUCGAGAACGCAGAGGAGAGUCGCCAGGCCCAGAAGGAGAAAGAACUAUGCAUCGGCAGGAAGAAAUUCAACAUGGACCCCAGCAAGGGGAUCCAGUAUCUUAUUGAACACAAGCUUCUGUCCUCCAAUAUAGAGGAAAUUGCCCAGUUUCUCUAUAAGGGGGAGGGACUGAACAAGACAGCCAUCGGGGACUACCUGGGGAAGAGGGAUCCAUUCAACCUCAAGAUCCUUCAGGCUUUUGUGGACUUACAUGAGUUUGCCAACCUCCACCUAGUACAGGCGCUGAGACAAUUUUUAUGGAGCUUCAGGCUUCCCGGGGAGGCCCAGAAGAUCGAUCGGAUGAUGGAGGCCUUUGCAGCCCGUUACUGUCUCUGCAACCCAGACGUCUUUCAGUCCACAGACACUUGCUACAUCCUGUCCUUCUCCAUCAUCAUGCUCAACACCAGCUUGCACAACCCCAACGUCCGGGACAAACCCCCCUUCGAACGAUUUGUGUCCAUGAACCGAGGGAUCAACAAUGGUGGGGACCUGCCUGAGGAGCUCUUGAAGAAUCUCUUUGACAGCAUUAAGAGUGAGCCCUUCUCCAUCCCAGAAGACGAUGGGAAUGACCUUACUCACACCUUCUUCAAUCCGGACCGGGAAGGCUGGCUCCUCAAACUGGGUGGAAGGGUAAAGACUUGGAAACGCCGUUGGUUCAUCCUGACAGAUAACUGCCUCUACUACUUUGAGUUCACCACAGAUAAGGAACCCCGGGGCAUCAUCCCGUUGGAGGAUCUCUGUGUCCAAAAGGUGGAUGACCCCAAAAAGCCGUAUUGCCUGGAGCUCUAUAAUCCCAACUGCAAAGGCCAGAAGAUCAAAGCUUGCAAGACAGACGGGGAUGGGAAGGUCGUAGAAGGGAAACACCAAUCCUACAAGAUCUCUGCCUCGAGCCCUGAAGAAAGGGAUGAAUGGAUCAAGGCCAUAAGGGCCAGCAUCACCCGUGUUCCAUUCUGUAACCUGCUCUCUGCUAGAAAAAAGAAGAUCACCAGCAAACAAUGAGCAACCAUUGGGUUGCUAGUUUAUCCUUUGUGGACUGAAGUGACCUGUGAUUCCAGCACUCCCUGGAAACAACCACCGGCCUUACUCCCAUCCUUUGCAGGGACCUCUCCUACCUCAGCCUCCCCCAUCCCAUCUUCCCACAGGCUCCUCUGGAGAUGAAAGGAGUAGAAGCAGAAAGAGAGAGAUGAGUGGGGAAUCAAGGAAAGAAGCCAGUGUAGUGGGAGCCAGUCUCUCCUUUUUUGGCCUUGAUCUCCUUUGGGAUUGGCAAAGGAGGGCUAUGAUAGAAUCGUGGCCUAGUAGCGCUCAUCCACAUUGGCCUGAAGAGGUUGGAAAAGCUCUGUACCCCAGUCCCCAUUCUCUGGUCCAUCCUCUCUUUGGGGGUCUACUGCAACAAGGGUAGUAGCAUUGGGCAAGCAGGAGGCUGGGAAGCCCCAGAUGGGGGUCUUGGGGGCACUCAGGAAUGGUCAUAGGGCUCUGAGCCCAAGAGAUAUAGCAAGUUGGGCAGAGCAGCCAGGGCGGUGCACCCCAUUGGGUAGGGAGUCCUCUUGGAAGAGCUCCAUCUCCACUUCUGAUGUUUACUAUCCAUGUGACGUUGGACCAGUUAACUGAUCUCUCCGAGCAUAAAUGCACUCAUCUGUAAAAGGAAGGAGAUGCACCAAGUGACCCCUGAGGUCCCUUCCAGCUUAAGGUCUAUAAUCCUAUGUGUGCCCAUGACCACAACCUUCUGCAUGUAGUCAGGGCUCGGCCUCGAAGCCCCAUCACUAAUUCCACACUAAUUUCCCAUCCCCAGCUGAAGGGGCCACAGAAAAACUGAGGACACAAGUCUACUGACUCCCCAGCAUUUGAAGGGCCUUGCAGUCAAAGUCAAGAAGGAGGCACAGACACUCUUGUACCCCACCCUGUGUGUCUGAGAUGCAAGAAAAGGAAGAAGGACAGGGUGCCCCACCCCCAACUGACAAUCAAAUUGGGCAGCCAACCUCCAGCUGGGCACAGCCAGCAACAACAGAAGACAAAAUAUCCCACCUCCAAAUGUUUGCAGAAUGGGGACUUUUUUAAAGGACCAAGCACACUCCACCCUCUGCCUCAUAGAGGUAGAUGAAGAAAACACUUUGGAAACUGUAAAUCAAUGCAGAAAUGUCAGUUCAACUAACAUUGAUUAAAGGGCUAACUUAUGUAGA